AUGGUCAGCAAUCGCCUCGACAAGGUGCAUAAAAAGAUCACCAAGAAGAAGGGCAAGAACCCUAAUCUCCAUGAAGGCAGCCGGGACACAAAGCGGUUACAGAGCGCCGCGCAGAGAGAUGACAAGCUCAAUCGCCUUACUAAAGUCCGAGAACACCAAAAUCGCCCAUACCUGCUGAGAGUCAAAUCGUUCCAAUCAUAUACCACAGAGCAUGAUUCACCACUCAGUGUAUCAGAAAUCCAGGCUAUGAUCGAGGACUACUUAGGUCGCGAUGACGAAGAGCUGGCAAAACUGAAGGCAGAACGUCGCCCGGGACGGCCACCAAGCACACGUCAAAAUCUGUUGGAGAUCAACCAGAAAACUGAGCAAGACGAGUAUGCCUCUGGCUUCUGGGUACCGGACCUCGAGGAUGUCAUCAAUCUGAGGAAGUUGAAGGAGUGGAACGGCCAGUGGGCGCAGCUUGCCACGCUUAAAUUUUCCAGGAUCUCGAAAGGAGGUUUCAAGAAGGAGUCUAGUUUCCCACCAAAGGGCAUGUCAUGA